UUAUUUUUCGUUUCUUCCUCCGUUUUUGUCUCUCCUCCUUUUAUGAGUUGGCCGCAACUUGAGGGGCCUCUUCCUUCGGGACUUCUGCCGGAUGAGGGGUCUCCGGAAUGGAUGAACAAAGGGGACAAUGCAUGGGAGCUGACAGCAGCAGCUUUGGUGGCCAUACAGAGCGUUCCUGGGCUUGUAAUCUUGUAUGGUAGCAUGGUGAAGAAGAAAUGGGCAGUGAAUUCUUCCUUCAUGGCCCUUUACGCCUUUGCGGUGGUGCUCAUAUGUUGGGUGCUCUGGGCCCAUGAGAUGUCCUUCGGGGAAAGGAUGUGUCCUAUCCUGGGAAAGCCCAACUUUGCAUUGGGCCAGAAGUAUCUGCUGGAGAGGGCAAAAAAUUGGUACAUCCCGACCGCCACUUACGUGUUCUAUCAAUUUGCAUUUGCUGCCAUCACUGUCAUAUUGCUUGGUGGGUCGGUGCUUGGGCGGAUGAAUUUCUAUGCUUGGAUGUCCUUUGUUCCUCUGUGGCUCACCUUUUCUUACACCAUUGGAGCCUUUAACAUUUGGGGCAGUGGGCUUCUUCAAAACCGUAUCAUAGAUUUCUCGGGUGGUUAUGUCAUUCAUCUUUCGUCCGGGGUGGCUGGUUUCACAGCGGCUUAUUGGGUAGGACCAAGGCUUUCACAUGACAGGCAACACUUUCCACCAAACAACAUAAUUCACAUGUUGGGAGGAGCAGGGUUCCUAUGGGUGGGUUGGACAGGUUUCAACGGCGGGUCUCCAUUUGCAGCGAAUGAGAUCACUUCACUAGCUAUUCUCAACACCCAUAUCUGCACAGCCACCAGCCUCUUCGUGUGGCUGUCAAUGGACAUGUUGGUUUAUAAGAAAAGCUCUGCCAUUGGGGCUGUGCAGGGGAUGAUCACUGGUCUCGUCUGCAUCACUCCUGCUGCAGGGAUAGUGGAACCAUGGGCAGCAGGGUUGAUGGGAGCAAUGUCUGGUUCAAUACCCUGGUACACCAUGAUGGUUUUGCACAGGAAAUCAGCUUUCUUCCAGAAGGUUGAUGACACCUUGGGUGCCUUCCACACACACGCAGUGGCUGGCACUUUGGGAGGACUCCUCUCUGGAAUAUUGGCCAAACCCAGCCUUUUGAAGCUAUACUACACGGAGACACCGUAUGGACCAGGCUUAUUUUAUGGUCUAAUUCAGGGUAGAUUAAUGGACAGUCUAAAACAAAUGGGCUUCCAGAUUCUAGGAGCUGUUUUUGUGGCUUCAUGGAAUGUGGUUGUGACAAGCUUGAUCUGUAUAUUCUUAAGCCGCUUUCUUAAUCUCAGAAUGGACGAAAGAGACCUUGAGAUAGGUGAUGAUGCAGCGCAUGGAGAGGAAGCGUAUGCCCUAUGGGGAGACGGAGAGAGGAGGCCAACACACCCACAUCGUCGCCUCACAAUUCCUUCCAUGUGCCGUCAUUGUUAACUGCAAGUUUAAGUUCUUUUUAAACUUGCUAAUAAGUUGGUUUUCCCUGUCCCUCAACUGUAUUUUUAUAAUUACUUCAGUUUAUUUGGAUGCAAAAUAUUCUUUAUU